AUGCAUUGCUUCCCCUUUUCGUUCUUCAAGAAGAGCAGUAGCGACGAAUCGAGCUCCGAGAAGAGCUCGAAGAAGAGCAAGACACUCACGAUCAAGAAGACCAAUUCUUUGCGGCCAGCUUCCACUUCGCUAUCACGAACGAGCACAAAGAACCAGCUACGACCCGUCCAGUCACAUUCAAGCGCUAGAGCCGCAAGGCUCGAGGACAGUCAGGUCUGGAACGCGAUUGCAGAUCCAGGCAUUAAACCAGAGCCGCCCGGUCCGAUCGACUCCGAGGAGCUCAGUCGACGGCUAUCGAGACUAUCCACCGAGGGCAACAAUAGACGCUCCAUGGAGCUACCAUCUCAGAUCAGGCUGAGCUCAGACGCAUACAACCUCGCAUUCUCGAGGAACACGACGAUAUCCUUUGCGCCCCCGCCGAAUCCGUAA